AUGAAUGCUGCUCCAUUGAGAGCCAUGGACCGCUUGCGAGGAUCUAAGUCUGCGCGCUCCAUCCGGAGAAGCCAUCGCAGCUCCGUGUCCAGCGAUACCCCCGACCCUGAGAUCGCCCGGCAACAUGCCACCACCGCUGCCUCUCUCGCCAUGCUGCGCUCCAAAUGCUCCUAUGACGCGCUGGGUGGCCCUGGAAACAUGGCUGUGCCUCCUCGAAGACACCGACAUACUGGCUCACAGCCAAGCACCCGCAAAGUCCCCGUCGACGAUGAGUCCUCGCGCCGCUCAGCCACUGUCGAUUCCAGCACACAAGAUGAGGACUACGCGUCCGCCGCUCUGCCUCCCAUAAGUGAGUUUCAGGGAUUCGACAGCCAAGACUUCUUCCUGCCUUCGUCCUAUAGACGUCUGCGCAAGUCGCGGUCGAUGUUCUCCACCGGACAGCGUUCGUCUCGCACAUCUCAUGGAAUGUCCUCCCCACUGAACCACGCUACGAAUGCUGAGAAAGAGCAACCACCGCGUGCGGCUCGCACCUAUGGCACCCUGCGGCGUUCAAUGUCCUUUCUCCGGGGCGAGAAGCCGCCAGCUGUGCCUCUACGACAUGUCCAAAGUCAUGAUACGGCGAUCGAACUGGCGCGCACCCAGUUUCAGCAGCAAUCGGCCGACAACUCCCCUCAGCCAGAACAGUCGCGGUUGUCCGUGCCCAAGACAAGACGAGAGCAUAGACCGUUCAGAAAAACGCUCCGUCCGACCAUAUCAGCAGUUGGUACUGCAGGCACGCCUUCCGCUCAACCUACAAAAAGCGCUUCCUCGUAUGGAAAAUCAAGAUCUUUCUCGUCGUCCAUCAAGAAAGGUUUCAAGAAGGUCCUGGGCCUUUCAAAGCCAUCUAUCGGUAAUGAUGAAAACCAAGGAUCCCACGACAAGACAGGAGGAAAUGCCAACGAACCGGAUACUAGCUGGUCCGCGUACAGCCCUCACACCCCUGGUACAUCCCGUCCGGCAGCCAUUGUACACACAAAGCAGUACCCUACCGCUGGGAUUGCUGAAAGCUCGGAGAGCUUGGCCACGAGUCGUUCUCGUGUGACAAGCUGGGCAGACUCAACGACCGCAAAUACUGUAGUGACCGGCAACAUCGGCGGUCGAAGCCACCUGUCAGUCAUCGAUGAGAAGGGCCACUCGGAUCAGAAUUUAGCAGAGGAUUGCCCCUAUGGAAACAGUCCCAUACCCGAUUGCAGCCCGCUGAGACCGAACAGCAAAGUCGACAGCCAACGCUUGUAUUCCGCAUUGAUGAGAAGGAUCGGCGAAAGCAGCGCACUGGACCGAUGCGAGAAUAUCGCCAUCGGCCAUGUCAAAGAGCAUCGCAUCAUCCCAACGCCUGCCGCUUCAGUGUCUGUGCGGCAGAAUGGACAGGCUGUCCGUCUGAUACCCAGCGAUGAAUCCAUUCCCUCGCCCCGGUCCUUCAUCACUGCGAAUGCCGGUACAGCGACUCCUCAGCAGCAGUCACCACCCCCGACUCAGUGCUUCCAGGAAUCCCCAUGUGCCAACAAGUAUCGGACGACCACCUCUCUUAUCCCUGGUAACAAGGGACUUUCCAUGGUCAAAAAGCCCGUAGAGGUACCCGCGCGACGCCUAGGCACUCCCGACCGGCAAAGUCCGGACGCAGUAUCGAAUUCGUCCAGUGUGUAUUCUCGGUCCACCGGCGGCAAUCCCGAUACCAAGGACUGGGAGGUUGGCUCGAAACUUCCCGAUGAACCUGGAACGGCUACAAUCUACGACACGCAAAGAACCACUUACGGCUCACCAAAGCGUGAAUCGGGAACUCAGCCGACUCGAGCAUCCGCCCGACCAAGCGCGGACUGGAAGCAAUGGAUGCACACAGAGAUCGCAAAGAUCGAGAACCUCACCCCUAUCCAAUCUCAUUAUCGCGAGCAUGCGCAAAUCCAAAGCGACGAGAACGAUUUGGUCUGCCAAGAUCCCACUCGGUUGAGGGAGGACUCCCAUGGCCGUGUCUUUAUCGACGACGACAUGUGGUCGAAUCGCAAGGUCACUUCUACCAGCAACUUUUCGCGGCCGUUCAGCCGAUCCUCGAGCGUCCGGACCGUUGUGACGACCCAGAAAGAGCAGCUCGACGGGCCAGUGCCUCCACCGCCGCCUCCCAGACCGGCAUCGCCACACAAUCGCCCCAAUUUGCACGGCUAUGGCACCUUUCAUAGUCAAAUUGGGUCCCGCGCGCAGAGCUGUGCACCGCCACCCAUGCAAUCCUUCUCGUCAAAUCGAUUCCCCAUGCCCGAGUCGCCGACCCCGAGAAGAGACAAAGCUGGUGGCUUUUCUCAGAAGAAUGCGAGCGCAACAUACGGCAGACACCCGGCUCGAUGCCCCCCAGCCUCGCGAGAUGCCCGGUCCCUGCAUAGCCGAUCCGCUCGAGGGUAUCACGACAACCGACGACUGACCAACGAAAACCUGAAGGUAGAGAGCGAGUAUCCCGACAUCAAAGGCUCGGAUGCGCAGUCGCUAAACUCACGUUCCCCGAUUUCGAGCAAGCGCAUGGUGGAGAUGUUUUUGGAAAGCCGGCGACGCCAGCCUGAUGCGGAUGCCAGUGAUGGUGGCGUGGGUGCUUUUAUCUAG